GUGGGUAGGGCUACUUAUUCUUUGUAAUCAGUUAUGCCAGUGUGUGUUCGUACUGGUGGACGGGGUUAGUAGGAGUGGCCGAGACAGCCUACUUCGCAUGAGUCGUGGACUCGGACUCGGUGGCUGUGGCUUGGAUAUUUCCUGUCAGCCGCACGAGUAGACAGAGCCGAGGCGAGGGCGGAGGAGGCGAGGAGAGGGAUGGCCGAGAACAGCUCCGAGACAAGCGGCUCCGUCCACCGGAGGUGUUUGGCCCAUUCUCCCGGGGAGAGAAACAUUUCAACCGGUGUCGGGGCUUCCAAGUGGAUACGGUUAAACGUCGGGGGAACGUACUUCUUGACAACGAGACAAACGCUCUGUCGAGAUCCAAAAUCAUUUCUGUACAGACUGAGCCAAGCUGACCCCGAGCUCGAUUCAGACAAGGAUGAAACCGGUGCCUAUCUCAUAGACAGAGACCCCACAUACUUCGGGCCAGUGCUUAACUACUUGAGGCAUGGCAAAUUGGUGCUCAACAGGGAUUUGGCUGAAGAAGGUGUGCUAGAAGAAGCCGAAUUCUACAACAUCACAUCGUUGAUAAAACUCAUCAAGGACAAGAUCAGGGAACGCGACUGCAAAACAUCACAGGUUCCAGUGAAGCAUGUGUAUCGGGUGCUGCAGUGCCAGGAGGAGGAGCUGACGCAGAUGGUGUCCACGAUGUCUGACGGCUGGAAGUUUGAGCAGCUUGUCAGUAUAGGUUACGGGCGGGCCCACCAGUCAGAGUUUCUGCUGAUUGUGUCAAGGGAGGUGAAGGGAGAGGAGUCUGCUUUGCCAAACAACAGCGGAGAGCUGGUCAGCAUUGGCUCCUCUUACAACUAUGGAAAUGAAGACCAAGCUGAGUUCCUGUGUGUGGUCUCCAAGGAGCUGCACAAUCAAUCCUACGGGACCAACAGUGAGCCCAGUGAGAAGGCAAAGAUUCUUCAGGAGCGUGGUUCCCGGAUGUGAGAAGGACUCAGUAUUAUGAGCUCCAGGUGUUAUGAUGCAAACAUAUCAUCUUCGUGGAAGAAUGCUCAGCACAAUGGAGAUUUAAAGGAGAGGAGGGUGCAUUUUUCUUUAGUUUUUCCCUCUUUUUGUUUUUUUAAUUCUUAAUGUAAAUAAGCCUGUUUACUGACAAUUUGUGCCUGUACAUUUAAACUGGACCUUUUCAAUAAGGGGCAAGAAGUGUUGUUUUUCUCUUUCUUUAUCUCUCUGCUGGCUAUUUGAAAGGUAGUAAUUGUAAUCUACUAAUCUUUUAUGCUAUAAAAUGUGGCCAACAUCAUGUAAGGCCAAUGAUUCACUCAGGGUCAUCUAAUGAGUUAAUUCGUAUAUUUCAACUCAAGGGAUCAGUAUGGUCUUCAUAACUUAAAGUAUCAAACCCAAAUUCAUUCAUUUGAGAUGUUAAGAAGGGAAUUGUACAUUUUCAUGUUCAAGAGUCAGGCUAAGAGAUUUGAAAUCCACCCAACAACCCAGUAAUAAAAUGUUUAUCCAACAGUUUAUGGCAGAUUUGUGACCACAAAGAUCCCAUCUUCAUAACAAGUUGUUAGUGAGGAAUCAUUCUUAUUUUAACUUCUUUUUUUAAUGAUAUUUGAAAAGAACCAUCCAUCUUGGAGGAAAAAUAAGUUACUGACUGUGUAGUUAAAGGGGCAUUAGAUAUUGAAACUGUUUUAUAAAUCAUUGGAAAACACCCUGCUAUUAACAAAAACAACUUAUUCUAACAAGAAAUAUUCUUAUUGUAGCCUACCGUACCAACCAAUCUUAGAUUCUUUAAAACUCGGUUACAUAUAGAUGCUACACUCGGUGGGAAAAUUAAACCGUAGUUGUGCCUACUUGAGAUGGUUUUCGUAUGUGAUAGUACAGAAAAACAAAAAGGAGAACUUUGAUGGAUUUGUGUUGGAGAGCUCCUCGUGGAUCUUUGGAUAACUGCCAAAAAAAUCAACCAAUGUCAUUUCCGAGUCUGUUAAACAGCUUCGUACUUUAGUUUGCAUCCCUUUUCCUCCUUUCUGUAGUGACAUCUGAGUUAAAUACAUUUAUUUUUGAUCUUUGAGGGAACGUACUUAAAAAACAAAACAAAUUUAAACGGGAAGUUAAGUAGUGUUUGUGGACUGGAACUGUUGGAUGUUGGUGGUGAAGGACUUUGUUCAUAUCAUGAGGAUUUUGUUUUCAUGUAAAUAAUCCAAAUUCAACAUUGAUAUUUAACUCUUAAGACAAACUGCACGUUUUGUACACUGUAUAGAGAACACAACUUCAAUUGGAAGUUGUUUAUACUGGAUCUUUAAAAAUGAGCAAAUCUUGACAAUGUUGACUUCUGUUUUGCAUUGUUUGUACAGGACUUGAGAGAUUUUGACUUUGGGUUGCAACAGCAGAUGCAGAAUUUGGUGUCUUUCUCCUAGAACAUGCCUGGAACAUGUUUUGAUAACCAGUAACAAAGCUAUACUUUGCUGGCUAUGAAGUUGACUGUUACAUUUUGUAAACUUUUGUUUAGUUUUUUUGCUUUUUCCUCAGAAAGAUGGAGUCCUCUUUGCAUUUUGAAUUGUUGAGUUCAUAUACAGCAUAAGAAGCACUACAGUGGACAACACUGUGCACACUCCUUACAGGCUGAAAUGUUGUAAAUACUGCAUUUUGAAAUUUUUUUUUUAAUAGUUGUUUUCAGGUUUGAUGUGUGAUUUUUGAUAGGUUGGAUAUUUCAUUCACAAUUAAUCAUUUAGUGUUGCCUUUUUCCCCAGUGACCAAAAUCCAAUGUCUUAUGUGUAUUGUACACAUUGAUCUUCGUGUCAGGGACAAGUAAACGUUUCUUAAUGCUGGCACACUUUGUACAUAAACUUAACUACACACAAAGCUCCAUUUACUCACACGCACACAUACACACUUAAAACAUUUUUGUUGUUGUUGAGGGAACAGGUAUGGAUGCAUGUUUUUUUUAUUUUUAAAUAAUUGUAAACAAACACACGAACACACACAAGGGCUUUUAAAGUGCAAAAUUCAAGAUCUGCAAAGAAGUUCAAUCAAAGUAGACUGGAUUUCCUGCCAGAGCUAGGCUAUGUUUACAUUUGCUAUAGUAUUCUGAAGCCUUCCAAUUAUGCACUGUCUUGCACUCCCUCACACAUGUUAACCUUAGUCUGACUUGUGUGACUGCACCAAUGGCAACUAGCACUCUCUAGAUAAUCACUGACAUGCUGACUUGUGUUGAGAUACCCCAUCCAUCUCUAACUGCCAAUGCUUGAGCGUUGCAGACAAUCUUGUUUUUUCACCCCUCGUCUGAUAGCGGAUAUACUCAUAUUUACACUUUACUGACUUGGAGCUAAGGUUUAUUUGUCUUCUUUUGAGAAAUAUCUUGUGUUUGUGUUAGGUUUGCUUGGUUCAGUGCUAACCUUCUGAUAGUUCCUGCUGGGGUAUUAAACCGUUUUAGCAGCUCCAUUACAUUUAAUGCUCUUCUCAAACAGGUCGACUGGUCAAGUGUCAGACGUUAUCAUUCAUCUGAUGGACAAACUUGCUGACUGUAGCCUAAUAUUUUAUAAGUGCCCAGUCUGUUUUGCGUUAGUCACUAACCACAGAUCACUGUAAUGCAUGAUUUGAUUAACACGACUUGUAAUCAGAGGGAAUGAAUGUGUCAUUUUUCCUCAUACAAACAGUUACAGUAAUGAAUAUGGUUUCCAUAUCACUACAUAGAUCACUUCUAUAUGAUCUUAUGCAAUGUUUAAAAUGUACAAAUUAAGUACAAGUUUUAAGGGAUAGAUCUAUACGAUCUUGCAUAAGUAAACCCAAUAAAAACGUUGUCAUUCA